UGAACCACUACCGAAAACGCUCGACAGAUCUCAUCUCGCAGGAGUGGAUAUCAAGUGUGCGCCAUUUAUGUCAAUGUCAAUGGUUGUCGAUUGUCGGAGAUUUUUUUAGCCUACCUGUUGCGCGAGUGCUGAGUUUUGGCCAGAGCUGAAAGAAUGCCGCGAGCUUUCCUGCUUACGCAUCGAAAAUAUAGUUUUGGAGAGGGGGAAGGAAAAGGUUUGAGUCCGGAACAUCAUGUCAGCCAAGCUGACGAUCCGACGGCAGAUUGUGAGAUGCCAUCGAUAGAUAGCACAGAGUGCCCGGAAGAACUCUACAAUCUCACGAAACUCGCCGAAGUUGCGGUGGCUACGGGCCAAAUUUUGGAAAAGAGACGUACCAACUCGCCUUCUAGUACCACGGAGGAUGACCACCGUCCGUUUACUUACACCCACAAACUGUUCGAUAAGACUUCUAGAGCACCAAGACCGCAUUUAAUCAAGACUGAAGACGACCACAAGCCACCCUUCUUUCCCCAUCGAGCCCACAGCACCACCCCCGACCCUGCCACCACUCCCCACUCCUCCACCGACGCGCAUGCGCACGAGCACUCGUGCUCCGAGUGCGGCAAAAAGUACAGCACGUCCAGCAACUUGGCCAGACACAGGCAGACGCACCGGAGUCCGGCAGACAAGAAGGCCAGGCGAUGUCCGCACUGCGAUAAAAUUUAUGUCAGCAUGCCGGCCUACUCGAUGCACGUGCGCACUCACAACCAGGGAUGCAAGUGCAACUACUGCGGCAAGUGCUUCUCGCGGCCCUGGCUGCUGCAAGGGCACAUACGGACGCAUACAGGCGAAAAACCCUUCAGAUGCACCAUAUGCAACAAGGCGUUCGCAGACAAGUCCAACCUGCGCGCGCACAUCCAAACCCACUCGAACACCAAACCGCACGUAUGCGGCAGAUGCGGCAAAGCGUUCGCCCUCAAAUCCUACCUCUACAAGCACGAGGAAUCCUCGUGCAUGCGCACGAACAACCGAGAAGCCACUCCUGACGCAACCACCCCCUCCCCUACCCCGGUGAUCGUCUCUCUAGCCCCUAGACUAGGGGACACCGUCAUCAAGGGACCGGUGCGGUCUCCGAUGCUCUACCGCUCCACGGUGAUAUCCCCCAACCCCGAGAGGCUGCUUUAUUCCACCGUGAAACACCCCACGGUGAUCCUGGGCAGUUCGAGGUUUGGGGGAGGGUUAGCACUGCAAGAGGAACCUGUUGAUUUCUCUGCGCAGAGCAGGGAGAGGCAGGGGUAUGCGCACAACGUGGAAAGCGGGUAUGCGCAGAGGGCGGAGCGGGGGUAUGCGCUCGGGUUCGCUAUCGCGGUGUGAGGAGGGGGGGGGAGGCACCUGUUGAUCGGUUGCGUGCGCAGAGGUAGGGAAUGGGGUAGGUGCGCAUGUGGCUGAGUUUUACGGGACCACGAUGAUUCCAGAAUAGUUCGUUGAUGUUUUUUUUUGACGGUUUAGGUUUUCGACCAAUAUUUUGUACGUUGUGAAAAUGUGUUUUGUAGUUGUUGUAAUAAAUAACGUGUUUGAUUUGUGAUGGUUUUGAAUCCACGAUAUUAUGGAGUAUUCGCAAUAUUUAAUUAUUAUUUAUUAUUCGAUUAACUCACUACUUAGGGUCGGUAAAUUCGCCUUGUUCGCCAUCUUUUGUUCUAAAAAAACAGUCCCAGGAGUUAGACUAAUAUAUUUAUUCGUUUUACAAGGUGUCUCUUCCAGUUAACCUGUAGAGCAUUAGCACUACGAGGUGGAAAAAACCUGCAAAUAUAAAUGUUGUAGAGUUUCAUCGGUAAGUACUAUCUGUUAACAACUCUAAAACAAUUGAAUGCACCUAUGGAACCCUGGAACUUUUAUAUUCAAAGGUUCGGUCUUUCCAAAACUUGAAUUAUUCCUUCUUUUAAUGUUUCCAUUUAAUUCAAUUCUAUUUGAUUUCUUCCGAUGUUCUGGAAGAUAUUCUUUUCAUUUUCCUUUGACAAUCCCGAUUUCGACUUUGUUUUAUUCAUAUAAACAUCGCCAAAAAUUUUGGAGUGUACGUAGGUAGUGUACUUAAUCUAUAAGAAGGAUUCAAAAAUUGUGACGAUAUGAGCAGAUACGAUGUGAUUGUUUAUAUUUUAUUCAAAAUAGCUAUCAGAUAAUAUUGGUCUCACAAAAACGUUGAAAUUGGCGAAUAUGAAGUCUUUUUUAUGGGCAUUCAGAAUUUAGUACUAUAAAAUGCAGAAAAACAUCAACUUGAAAAUUUUACAUAAACUGGUAUUUCUCAAAUGAAACACGCUGUAUUUUAUUCUCCUAAUCAUUUGAUUAUUUCUGAUUUCUUCUGAUGUCAAAUAUAUAUAGGUACUUUUUAUUGAGGUUAUAUUUGUCAGAUUUGGAAAAAUAUAGAUAUUUUUGUAUGAAUCUGAGGCAGCAGACACAGAUAACCUCAAUAAAGCAUAUUGAAAUCAGAAAAUAAAUACAGGGUGUUCCAUUUAAAAAAUACAAGUUUAUGUAAAAUUUUCAGGUUUACGAUUCUUUUUCCCAUUUCCUAGUACUGAAUUUUGAAUGAACAUGGAAAGAACUUAAUUUAUAGCUAUUUCAACGUUUCCGUAAGACCAAUACUAACUGAGAUAGCUAUUGAGUAAAAUAUCAACAAUCACCCUGUACAUACAUAUUAUUUUUCCCAGAUAUAGAUAUUUUGUGAAAAACAAUAAGCAUCACUGUGCCUUAUUUCUGUGCCUAACUUGGUGGCAAGAUCACGUGACCAACUAUUUAAAGAAUUGUAAAUAUAUUUAUAUUGACGCUGUUUUCAGUGGUGCUAAAUUUAUUUCGUAAAUGUCCGAUGUGGCAGCUUUAUUUAAGGUUAUGUAGAUAUUUUGUUUGUUUUGAUAUUUUUGUAGUGUGAAAAAUCUUUUUUUGAGUCGUACUAUUAGCCGAUAGUUUUUUUUUGUUUCUUUUUUCCUCAAUUGUAUUGGUUGCCCACACAUUAGGAAAAUAUUGAGAAUGUUUUUCUAUGAUGGAAAAUAGACGAGAGUGUAACACUAGUCGUUCGAGCGCUUUGCACGGAAAAACCUAACAGUUACAGUGGGAGCGCGUUAAGUCAUUUAAAUUUAAGUUAUUUAUUUUUUACUAACCUCUUCAACAGAAAUAACAGUAAUUUAGUUUAUUAUAGAUUUUAGUUUGAAGGAUUUGUUUUUCUUUUUGGAAGAUUUUUUUUAGUGGUAUCGGCUAAUGAUAUAAAAAAUUCCUAGUCAUUAUUUUUAGUUCAACUGAUUAAGUAUUUGUACUGUCAGAUUUAUCUAAUAGUUUAUUUUAGAGGCCGAUAGGUGCAAUAUUAAUAUUUAGAAACAUUAUGUCAUUGUGUCAUUUGUAUGAUUGAUUUUAUUACAUACCUAUUCAACGUUUUAUUGUAUAGUUUGGUAGUCAUUCCUCUAAUCAUGUUGUGUCAUCUACAAGAAUUUUGUGAAAAUGUAUUUUCUAGAUUUGUGUACUUUUAUACAAUAAUAUGCUGAA